AUGGUUAUCUUAGCUAUUUUGAAAUAAUAAUACCUAUAUAAUUCUGUUUUUUGGUAGCACAUUUUGUUGCCAUUAAUUAAAAAAAAAGCUUGCUCUUUAUUGAUAUUCAGCUACAUUUACUUGAUUUCAUUAAAUUUGAAUUUUUUAAAGAAAUUGUUAAAAAUACUUAAAUAGCUUAUAAAGAAUUUGAGUCUAACCCUAUUUUUUUUCACUUAAUUAUCUCUCUAUAUAUAUAUUAUCACAUACAACUCUGAUAGUUGUAUAUGCAUGCACUGUGUAUUAGCCUUUUACAAUUUGUUUCUAUUAGUAAAAAUAUAACAAGUUAAAUUUCAAUUGGCCGGCCCCAGACCCAAUCUAAAAAAUUUAAAGUAUGCCCCGUGGGGCAGUUUUGUAAUUUUCUAUUAUAUAUUUUUAUAUAAUAAAAUUUAAUUACUUUGUGAACUUUUCUUCUUUCUACUUAGCUUAACUCAGCUAAGAAGCCAAUUAAAUCAAUUUAAAUGUAAAAUAAUAAAUGCCAUUCACUUAUCUAGUCGUUUCCAAACGACGAAAUUUUUGAAUGGCAUAUUGCUAUAUUAUAUCUAAUAUCAAAUAGAAAGUGUUAAUUUGAUCUCUUUAAUAUGA